AUGGCGGAAAGUGUUAAAGAGCGUGGAGAUGGAAGUGCAGAGCUGGUGAAAUCCAUGGCUGAUAAGCAAUCUAGUCUCAUGAGACCAGCUGCUAGAUACUACUCUGCUCUUAAAGAUGCUAUGGUUUGUGGGCAAGGAAGAUAUACGCUUGUUAAAGACGUGGACGAAGUUGAAAAUGGAGCCUAUGACAAACCUCUUCCAUGCUUUGGUUGUGGAAUCGGAUGGUUCUCCUUUCUCCUAGGUUUUGUGUUCCCUUUGUUGUGGUACUAUGCGACAUUUCUCUAUUUCGGGAACUACUACCGUAAAGACCCUAGAGAAAGAGCCGGUCUUGCUGCUUCUGCAAUCACUGCGAUGGGAUUCUCUCUCCUGCUACUGGUGAUUGCUGUUUUCAGGUGGUUUUAG